AUGGCUCAUCGAGACCAUCGCUACCAUCUAAACAACCCGGUUGUCGACCAGGAAAGUGAUGAAGACGAAGAAGAAGAAGUAGAAGAAGAAGGAGAUUUCCUAGAUCAUCGACGAGCCGAUAUCAUGGAAUUGGAUGACAGUCCAAAUGAAUAUGAAGAUUACGAAGAUGCCCAAGAGGCUCACAACUCGGAAGGAGGUGGUUCAGAUGAAGACGCAAUGCAAGAAGAUGAUGAUGAAGAUGUGGAUGAUGCUGUUACAUGGGACACUCUUUCGGAAGCUAGUGAUGUCGAAGAAGAACUACCGGAAGAUGGUGAGAUGGAGGACGAAUGGUAUCCGUUGAUUGAGAGAAAGUCACAGUUCCCGAAUUUCGCUUUGCCUACAACAACACGCCAAGCCAUCAACCCAUCCCUUCUUCCGUCUAGCUCCUCUCGCCGCGAUUCUACUGGAUCCGCGGACUUCUCCGAUUGCGCGGACCCUGCCUUCAACAACUUUGUGAAUAUUAUGCGUCCAGACCCAACUCGUGCUGAGCUUCUUCGCACCACCCUUGAAUAUUUCCUGCAUAAUGGUCUUACUGAAGUCGUUGAAACUUUUUGUCGAGAGAUGAAAAUCAAUCUACCGGAGAAGGAUCUCAAGGAAAUGCACGAGAGAAACAAAGUUCGAGAUUUGAUUCUGGCUGGUGAGAUGGAUGAGGCUAUUAAGAUAAUGCCAGAACGAGCACUGAAUGACGAUAAUGUGAACUUUGAAGUUCGGAAACAACAUAUAAUUGAAAUGAUCAGAGGAGAACAGACUGAGGAACCAGUGCUAUACUUUAGAGAGCAAUUGAUGAAACAUGGAAAGCGCCCAGAUGAUGAGAAAAUGGAUAUAAUUGAGAAGAUCUUCACACUAAUGGUUUAUGGAUCUGAAGAGAAUGUGAACAGGAUCUACUUUGAACAAAGCGAGCGAGAGAAAACUGCCAAAAUUGUGAAUAGUGCAAUGCUGGGAGUUGCCGGAAAAUCACGUCAAUCUCAUAUCGACUUUCUUGCCAAAUCUAUCAUCUGGGGAAAGAAUGAUAUCGUUUCGAGGCAGACGCCAAAGACUAAAACAUCUACUCACUCUUGGGCUCAUAAGUAUUUCUCCAAGCCUUUUGCGAUGAAAGAUCUUGUUGAAAAAGGUCUCAAAGUGUGCCCAAUCGACGAAACCAGGGAUCUUUCCUAA